AUGAAGAGAUCGUGGCCCGCGCCGGCAAAUCAUCUGACGGCCGCAAUACCCAAUACGCAGUUGCAGAGGUCAAAGACCGGUUUCAGCCUGCUGGCAGCACGUUUCCAUAGGAGCCGGUUCUGCGAUCUAGUUGCGUAUACAACUAUCAAAAACGCCUCCGACUGCUGAUAAGCGGGUCAAUGGAGCCGAAAAGUGGACGCUCGAGGGGCUUCCUUUAAGUCUGUCUCUUAUUAUUUCUUAUUACGGCAGGUUUCGUAGAUGUAAACAUCGACCGGGCCUCAAAGGGUGUGGGAACAAGUGGUGCUGCGCUCCUGCACGUUGCGCAUACUGCGUUGGCAGUGGUAUCAGAACUGGUUACCAGCUUCUCCUGUGGCCCGUGAUCCCUCCUAACGAAAUAUUACCUAACCACGCACCAGAGACGCAUCGCCGGGACGGCUGUGGCCCUUGGUUUAGCGAUUUAUUUUAGUGCACGAGCGCCUGCGGGCCAACAGUAGUGAAAGAAAGCUCCCAAGUUCACCUCACUCGCAGUCAGCCAAGCCGGGGAACAGGUGCGAGUCAAGUGCACCUAUCUUGGGGUUAGUGACACGGUCGGAGACCUCGUAAAGAAAGAAGGGGGUGGGGUAGGAGGGUGGGGGGGGCGCACAAUCAGAGGCCCAAAACCAGUCCUGGAAGGGUCCUCUCUGGGAGCUCGGACGUGUUUGGUCCGACACGCGCACAUCCCGCGCGUAUAAAGCACGCGUCAGUCCGGUCGGCGUUCGCAUUCUCGCCACAGGGCUCGCCGCAAACUCCUUUGCUAGCAUCCACACAGCCCGCCACUUUGGAGCCAGCCGCACAGAGAGCACCGUCAUGACGUCGCCUAUUCUAUGGCUAGCGGUAGCGCUCGCCGCUUUGACGAGUGCAGCCGUCGGCGAACCCUCGUGCACGCUGACCGAAGUCGGCAACGUCCGGAGGGUCGUAUGCCGGGACUUCACGUCUGUCGAAGACUUCGCCAAGUACGUCAAGCGCGGAGUCGGAGACGACCUCACAAAGGAGACCUGGUUCAAGCUGAAGGACAGCCGCCUGGACCGUUUCCCGGAGAAGGCCUUCGCCGACCUCAACAUCUGCAAGCUGGCCUUCUACAACGUCUCAGUCUUGGACUUCGCGCAGCAGGGACCCACGGGAAAUCCUUUCGAGGGACUCGAAGAAACGCUGCGCAAGGUCGUCUUCCACAGCGGCAGCACCCUGCCUCCUUCCUGGUCGGUCUUCCAGGGCGUCCAGAGGCUGGAGGAGCUCUGCAUCGACGACUACGAGAACCUGCGGCUGACCAGAGACUUCAACAAGCUCCCGAAGACGGUAAAGAGCAUCUACGUGACCAAGUCGACUGUGGAGCACGUGGACCCCGACUGGCUGACGUCACUGGAGAACCUCGAGGCACUGGUGCUGCGCAAAACGAGUCUCAAGGUCUUCUCUAGAGGAUGGCUGCCAAUGCCAGCUCCCAAGUUCUUCCUCCUGGACUUGCCAGACAACGAACUCGAAGCAUUCCCAGAAGGGCUGGCCGACGAACUGCCUCAACUUAGCGUCGUCAACCUCCAGAGGAACAAGCUGACCACCGUAGACGAAAAGGCUGUGGCUCCACUCAAGGACCGGACCGUCUUCGUCAACUUCGCCGAAAACCCGGUGCACUGCGACUGCCGGCUGCGGUUCCUGCUCACCUACACGCACAGGUGGCACUACUUCCUGUGCCGCACUCCGCAGACCCUGCUCGACCGCUACUUCCACCGGCUCACCGAGGAAGAGCUGCAGUGCAGCGCCCCCGUGCCUUCUCCCUCCACGUAGACGCCGACGCGCGAGAGCCCACUUGCGCUGUGCGCAGUUCGCCAAAGCACUGCCAUACCCCACUGACCCGGUACAACUCCCGAAGUGACGCUGAGCGCCACGGGAUCGGGACGCCCUUCGCCACAUCGCUUCUCUCUCUCUCUCUUUACGUUCCUUUGCCCGUCCAUUCGAACCCCGUCUUCGUUGUCGUCCCUGUACUGCCUCAAUAAAGAA